CUGUAUAUAACGUUGUCUGUGGGAAGGGUAGUUUCGUCAAAACCCAAAAAACCCACUUUCCGGUUUUCGUGAAAAAACCCGUCUCCAGCCGCCGCUGCAUCCAUCCAUCCUCCCAUUCUCCAUUAUGCUCUCUCUUUCUCACCGCAAACAUAUAAUAUAUACUAACGUAUUAUUAUUAUAUAUGUAACUCAGUUUGGUCUGUGCAUCGAGUUAACACAGGAAUGGCUUCAAAUUCAGCUGUUGAUAUUAUAGAGACAUCUUCCAAGGUUCAUUUCUCAGGCUUUCAUCAAAUGGAUGGUUUAGUUUCGAUUAUAUCAGAUCAAUUGGCUGAGGAAGAGGAACAUGGCCAACCUUUUGUGAUCGGAGUUGCUGGAGGAGCAGCAUCCGGUAAAACAACUGUUUGCGAUAUGAUUAUGCAGCAACUGCAUGAUCAGAGAGCUGUUGUUGUAAAUCAGGUGCUUGAAUGUGAUCUAUUUCGAUUUCUGAAGAUUCAACUCCAGGAAACUUCUAAGCUCUGUGUAUAUAUAAACAUGAUGGUAAUUAAUUUGGUCCUUAUUCUACAUCACGUCGUUGUUUAUGCAGAUGCUGAUGUGCGUUUAGCUAGAAGGAUUAAACGCGAUACUGUUGAGAAGGGCAGAGAUAUUGCCACUAUUCUUGACCAGUACUCGAAGUUUGUGAAGCCAGCAUUUGAGGAUUUUAUUCUACCAACGAAGAAAUACGCAGAUAUAAUAAUUCCCCGAGGAGGUGAUAACCAUGUUGCUAUUGAUUUGAUUGUGCAACACAUCCACACAAAGCUCGGUCAACAUGAUCUCUGUAAAAUCUAUCCAAAUCUUUAUGUUAUUCAAUCAACUUUUCAGAUACGUGGGAUGCACACUCUAAUCCGAGACUCUAAAACAACAAAGCAUGACUUCAUCUUCUACUCCGAUCGAUUGAUUCGUUUGGUGGUUGAGCACGGCCUCGGGCACCUUCCCUUCACAGAAAAGCAAGUGGUCACUCCCACAGGAUCUGUGUAUUCGGGUGUGGACUUCUGUAAGAGGCUGUGUGGUGUCUCAGUUAUCAGAAGCGGUGAGAGUAUGGAGAACGCUCUAAGAGCAUGCUGCAAAGGAAUCAAAAUUGGAAAGAUUCUGAUUCAUAGAGAAGGGGACAACGGGCAACAGCUUAUCUACGAGAAGCUACCCUCAGACAUUUCGGAAAGGCAUGUGCUUUUGCUAGACCCAAUCCUGGGGACAGGAAACUCGGCGGUGCAAGCGAUAAGACUGCUCAUAAGCAAAGGCGUGCCUGAGUCCAACAUCAUAUUUCUCAAUCUCAUAUCUGCACCUCAAGGAGUAAAUGUGGUGUGCAAAAAGUUCCCAAGGAUAAAGAUUGUGACUUCUGAGAUAGACAUCGGUUUAAACGUUGAAUUCAGAGUUGUUCCCGGUAUGGGGGAGUUUGGAGACCGCUACUUUGGGACGGAUGAUGAGUGAGAGUGAGUGAGAGCUUUUUUGCCUUGCUCUGAAAAUUUUGAUAAAUUAUUUUUGGUUUUCAAAUAUGUUAUACGGAUUUCAUAUUAUCACACAUAUAUACGUAUACCAACAAACA